GGUUGGAUUUAGUGGGCCGAGUUAAUAUUUAAAAGGCUCCGUAAAAUAUUCAAAGUUUAGAGCCCAUAUGGCGCGGGAGAUUCAUAAUCAUAAAAAUGGAGAAAAGAUUAAAGAAGGGUCGGACCUGGCAGAGGGAGAGAACGAAGGGAGGAAGGAGGCAAUGGGAGACCUGUUUGGAUGGCUCUUAACCUUCUUCCUCCUCAUCUCUCUCCUCGCCAUUAUCGGUUAUCAGCUUAUGUGUUUGGCUGAUCUCCAAUUCGAUCAUAGUAACCCAUAUGAUUCCGCAAAAUGGAUAAAUUUGAGUGUUGUACCUGAAUUUGUCAUGCAAGGAGUCUUGUGCAUUGCCUAUCUCAUAACAAGACACUGGUUCAUGUGUCUCCUAUCCCUUCCAUACCUAUGUUAUGAUAUCAGAUUGUACUGGCGGAGACAGCACUUGGUUGAUGUAACUGAGAUCUAUAACCAGCUCAACUGGGAAAAGAAGCAGAGACUUAUUAAACUCUUCUAUCUUAUAAUGCUCUUGAUUUCUUCUCUUCUCUGGUUGCUUUCAACUGUUGGACAAGAUGAUGAAUUUUGACUGAGUUUACCCAACAUAAGUUUUAAGUAACAUCAGCUUUACUUUUAACUCAUCGGGGAAGGCACAAUUGGAUUGGGUAGAUGUUGAGCAGCACAUGGUUUCCUCAGAGACUCGGGAUAAACAAACAAUCUUGGAUCAGAUCACUUGGUACGCAACACCAUUUUUACUGUUGUGUUAUUCUAUUGGUGACGUCCCUCGUGCACUCUAAGGUGCAAUGUGCAGUUAGGCUAAGACUGUAAUUCAAUGGGACCAUAUGACCGUCUCCUGUUGUGUUAUCCUGUUGGGGACAUCCUUCAUGCUUUUAAUUGGCAUAAAUAUGACAUAUGGAC